CUGGCCUUGAACUCAGAAAUCCACCUGCCUCUGUCUCCCAAGUGCUGGGAUUAAAGGCGUGCGCGCCACCACCACUCGACCUUCUGUUUACUUCUAAAAUGACUUGCUGACUGCAUUUGAAAUUCUGUAAUAUGGAAAAAGCUGCAGUGACCUAUGAGGAUGUGCAUGUGAACUUCUCUCAGGAAGAGUGGGCUUUGCUGGGUCCUUCCCAGAAGAGUCUCUACAGAGAUGUGAUGCUGGAGACCUGCAGGAACCUCACGGCUAUAGGGUACAGAUUGGAAGACCACAAUAUUGAAGAACACUGUCAAAGUUCUGGAAGACCUGGGAGAUAUAACAUCUGUAAUUGUGGAUACAAGCCCUGUGAGAAUAAGGGCCAUGGAAAGAAGCAAUGUUUUCUUCAAACAUAUGAAAGAAUCCAUACUGAAGAGAAACCCUAUGAAUGUAAUCAAUACAGUAAAGUCUUUGCAAAUUUCCAAAGUCUUCCACAACAUGCAAAAAGUCAUCCUAGAGAAAAACCCUAUGAAUGUAAUCACUGUGGUAAAGCCUAUGUAAGUCCCAGUUCUCCUCAGGUACACAAAAGAGUUCAUAUUGGAGAGAAGUGUGGUAAAGCCUUUGAAAAUGCCAAUUAUCUUCAAAAUCAUGAUAAACAUCAUACGCUUGAGAAACUCUUUGAGUGUAGUCAAUGUGGAAAAGCCUUUGCAAGUCGCAGUUAUCUUCCAAUACACAGAAGAGUUCAUACUGGAGAGAAACCAUAUGAAUGUACUCAAUGUGGUAAAGCCUUUACAAGUCGCAGUUAUCUCAAAAUUCAUAAAAGCAUUCAUACUGGAGAGAAACCGUAUGAAUGUAAUCAAUGUAGUAAAGCCUUUGCUAAUUUCUAUAGUCUUCGACAACAUGAAAAAUAUCAUACUAGAGAAAAACCUUACGAAUGUAGUCAUUGUAGUAAAGCCUUUCCAAGUCCCAGUUCUCUUCAAGUACAUGAAAGAACCCAUACUGGUGAGAAACCCUACAAUUGCAAUGAAUGUGGUAAAGCAUUUAUAAGUCACAGUUCUCUUCAGAUACACAAAAGAGUUCAUACUGGAGAGAAACCAUAUGAAUGUACUCUAUGUGGAAAAGCCUUUGUAAAUCGAAGUUAUCUUGAAGUACACAAAAGAAUUCAUACUGGAGAAAAGCCGUAUGAGUGUAAUCAAUGCAGUAAAGCCUUUGCAAAUUUCCGUAGUCUUCGACAACAUGAAAAAAAUCAUACUAGAGAAAAACCCUAUGAGUGUAGUCAGUGCAGUAAAGCCUUUGUAAGUCCUUGUCAUCUUCAAAUACACCAAAGAACUCAUACAGGUGAGAAACCCUAUGAUUGCAGUGAAUGUGGUAAAGCAUUUACACGUCUCAGUAAUCUUCAAGUACACAAAAGAACUCAUACGGGACAGAAACCCUAUUGCUGCAGUAAAUGUGGUAAAGCAUUUCCAUGUCUCAGUAAUCUUCAAAUACAUGAAAGAACUCACACUGGAGAGAAACCCUAUGAAUGUAAUCAGUGUGGUAAAGCCUUUGCCAGUCGUGCUAGUCUUCAAUACCAUGAAAAACAUCAUACUGGAGAAAAACCAUAUGGAUGUAAUCAGUGUGGUAAAGCCUUUGUAAGUCCCAGUCAUCUUCAAAUACACCAAAGAACUCACACUGGAGAGAAACCUUAUGAAUGUAAUCAGUGUGGUAAAGCAUUUGCACGUCGCAGUAAUCUUCAAAUACAUGAAAGAACUCACACUGGAGAGAAACCUUAUGAAUGUAAUCAAUGCGGUAAAGCCUUUGCAAGUCGUGCGAGUCUUCAAUACCAUGAAAAACAUCAUACUGGAGAGAAACCCUAUGGAUGUAGUCAGUGUGGUAAAGGCUUUGCACUUCGCAGUCUUCUUCAAGUACAUGAAAGAACUCAUACUGGAGAGAAACCACAUGAAUGUACUCAGUGUGGUAAAGCCUUUGUAAGUCGUAGUUAUCUUCAAAUACACAAAAGAGCUCAUGCAGGAGAAAAACGGUAUGAAUGUAUUCAAUGUGGAAAAGCCUUUGUAUAUCUCACUAGUCUUUGUAGUCACAAAAAAUUUUGUGCUGGAGAGAAGUCCUAGGGAAGUACUUGAGACAAAGAUGAAUGGUAUCAUGAGUCAGAUAAGGCAGCAGACCUGCUUCUGGACCUAUGCAUUGUAAUCUUGUAGCACAUUGUUUACUCUCCUUAGAGUUAGUAGUUACAUCCCUAUUAGGGUUGCAUAUGUGUCCAUCCCAGGCCAUGUAGGUGGCCAUUCUAUGGUUGUAGUAGAAACAUCUCUUCUAGAGUUAAUUAAUUAACCUUGUAAAGUUUUUACUCUUACAUUGAAAUACAUUAAUGUUUUAUGAUUCUCCUUCAAUAAAGUGCUUAAAGUUGCA